GCCAUGGAGCUUAUCAAGGAGCUGAGGGAGCAGAAAGAAGCACCGAAGGAGAAGCUGGAGGAGCUCCACCAGCAGCAGGAGCGAGCGUUUCUCUGAGUCCAACUACSUGGUGGUGCCACGGAGCAGCGGGGGGGUUCACACCGCCACCCCCAUCAGGCUGCGGCGCAGCGGCCUGCAGCACAACAAGCUCCUCCCCCAGAGCGAGGCGGACGGCGUGAGUCAGGAGUUUGGUAUCAUCGGGACAGACGGGUGUGUUUACAAAGGUCGGCUGAAUGUCCAGGACAUGAAGCAGGCAGACAACAAAUUACCCACAAUCCCCAGCAGAGACUGUGAGGAGGAAGGUGUGUUCAGGACCAAGGACAAGACCAGGAGCUCCGCCCCCCAGAGACCUGCUGCAUCUCCAGAAGGACAGCACACACCUGUCCUCCCCCUCAGUGCCAAGAGCAGCAGCCGUCCAGGUGAGUCUCAGAGUCCCUGAUCCUAUCUGACCCGCCUCUGAGACAUGGACUCAACUCUGC